UUCUACUUUUCAUUCAUCUAAACUAUACCUUCUUCACUUCAUCAUUUUCUUAUACACCAACAUAACCUAUCCAAACAGCUCCUAAAUUCUUCAUCAAAAUGGCUGCCAAACGUCUUUUGGAGGAUUCUGAUCAAGACAAACACAAACGUAUCAGAACUACAACAACACCUUCUUUUGCUUCGGUAAUAGGAGAAGUUGUUAUGGUGAAAAACAUGCAAAACCUUUUCUCUGGCUUGGAGCCAUUACUUAGAAGAGUGGUGAACGAAGAAGUAGAACGGGCAAUGAGACAAUGUUAUCCAUCGCGAUCGAUAACAAAGUCACCUUCAUUGAGACUUCAAGCAAUGGAACAUCCAUCAAGCUUUCAAUUCAUUUUCAAAAAGAAGCUUUCACUUUCAAUUUUCACAAGUAGUAGAUUAUUAGACAUGGAUGGAUACUCGAUCAAUGUGAUUCUUGUCGACAAAAGCAAUGACCAAAUUGUCCCUACAAGUCUGCCUCACCCAAUCAAGAUAGAAAUUGUAGUUCUUGAUGGAGAUUUUCCAUCUAGUGAAAAGGAAUCAUCAUGGACUAGUGAAGAAUUCAAUAGUAAUAUUGUGAAAGAAAGAACCGGGAAGAGGCCAUUGCUAACCGGUGAAUUGAAUCUUACUAUGAGAGAUGGAAUUGCACCAAUCGGGGAUAUUGAGUUCACCGAUAAUUCAAGCUGGAUUCGUAGCAGAAAGUUUAGACUCGGUGUUAGAGUUGCUAUCGGGAAUAAUCAAAAUGUUCAAAUUCGUGAAGGCAUGACCGAGCCUUUUGUUGUUAAGGAUCAUCGUGGCGAAUUGUACAAGAAACACCAUCCACCAAACCUAAAUGACGAAGUAUGGCGUUUAGAGAAGAUCGGAAAAGAUGGAGCUUUUCACAAAAAAUUGACUGCAGCAAAGAUCACAACAGUUCAAGAAUUUCUCAAACUAUCUGUAGUUGAUACUCAUAGACUCCGAAAGAUACUAGGUGUUGGAAUGUCAGAGAAAAUGUGGGAUGUAACAAUGAAACAUGCAAAGACUUGUGUAAUGGGAAACAAACUAUAUGUGUACCGUGGUCCUCAAUUCACCAUUCAUCUGAAUGCCAUAUGUCAAAUGGUUAGAGCUUAUACCAUCAAUGGUCAUACCAUUCCCAACAGAGACAUUAAUAACAUCAACAAGAGUUUCAUACAAAACUAUGUGAGAGAAGCAUAUGCUAGAUGGAAUGAGUUGGAGGAAAUUGAUGAGGGUUUGAAUGAGAAUGUGGAAGCAAGUCAAAUUCAAAACUGUAAUAAUAAUCAUGGAGCAUCGGUUAUAGGAUAUGGUGAGAAUGAGUAUUUUGGAGGUAAAUGUAUAGAAGGUGGAAACUAUGUAGCAAACAAUAAUGAUAAUAAUAAUAAUAAUAAUAAUAAUGCAGAAAUAGGGUGUAUAGAAUGGUCACCAUUUGCCACGUCACCAUUCAUGAAUGGAAUGCAUUAUAGUUUUUCAGAGUCCCAAUCAGAUGGUGGUGAUAUAACACCUUCAAGUUCAGGACCAGUCAUUGGUGGAGCCUCUUCCUCAAGGUGGCAUUAGAAAAUGUAGUCAUUUGAGAAAUAUUAGUGUCAAGUGUUGGCCCAGAAAAAAGGAUGUAGCCAAGACAAUUUUGUCUAAAGUUGGGCUUACUUUGAUAUCUCUUUGUAGUUAGUUUAGUGAUUUUCUAGGCCCAUUUUAAGGUUGUGUGGAAUAUGGCUCUUGUUCAUGUUCUUCAAAAAGUAUGCAAACCUGCCUUUAUUGGCCAGUGUUGAUAUGUUUAUCAAAAUUUCAGCAAUUACAAUUUGCAAAACAGAAAA